AUGGGUGUUUGCGCCGGUAUACGCGAGUCCGGCCCAUCAUCUGAGGCGCCGGCUUUGGAGAGAUUUGUCCUAGUCAAAACGGGGCCCGCAGGGCCCUGGAUGGUGGCUAGGGACUUUAAUUCCGUUAUCACGAGAGAUGAAACAAGCAAUUAUGUCUCCUUUUCUGCCCAAAGAAGCUCGGACUUUGUAAACUGGAUCAAUGAAGAGGGUUUUGUUGACAUGGGCUACUCGGGACCAAAAUUAACCUGGGUCAAACAUGAAUCCACAGAUGGGGCAAAGGGGGCCAGACUAGAUCGGGCGAUGUGUAAUCUUGAAUGGCGCGGCCGGUACCCAGAAGCUGUGGUGGAACACUUACCUUGUGUUGCCUCGGACCAUGCGCCUCUAUUAAUUCGACUCUAUGGGAGGCAGUGUUCUAAUAGAUUAAAUUUCUUUCAUUUUCAGGCUGCAUGGAUUACCCACCAGGACUUGCAACAGGUAGUCGGAAGAAUCUGGAGCCCCGAAGAAAACUUGGCAGAUAAUAUACGGCGGGUAGCGGACGGUCUCAGUAGUUGGAACAUGGAUGUGUUUGGAAAUGUGUACACGCGUAAAAGAAGCUUACUAUCCAGAAUUGGUGGUAUCCAAAAGAUCCUGGCACGUCGAUCACAUAGUGGCUUGCGUAGACUCGAGAGGAACCUGCAAACACAACUAGAAGAAACCCUUUACUAG